AUGUCGCCCAUCACCGUUAAUACACGCCAAAAUGCCGGUGCCGAUCCUGUGGAGUCCUUUACCCAGAUGGCCGACAAGGACCUCGAUUCGAUCGGUAGACACUGCGAGUUUGAAUACUGUAACCAACUUGAUUUCCUUCCCUUCCACUGCGAAUCCUGCCGGGGGACCUUUUGCCUUGACCAUCGUACCGAAACGGCCCACCGAUGUGCCCGGGAGGGCGAAUGGGCUCGACGGAGAAACGGAGCGAACAACAAUGGCUCCUCUACUUCCACACAGAAACCUACAAUUUAUAAUUCAGAUCAAUGCGCUCAUCUGAACUGCAAAACCCUGAUCAACACGCUCACCGACCCGGGUGUGCGCUGCCCGAACUGCACACGGCACUACUGCCUGAAACACCGACUGCGAGAAGAGCAUGAUUGCGCCAAGAUAACCCCGCGAGGGGCAAAGGGCUCCACAUCAUCUGGCACCCCGGGCGCCAACGAGACCCUGCGAUCGAUGUUUGCGCGGGUUCGCACCUGGGGCAAAGACAAGAGUGCCAGCCUGACGCCAGCGCCGAAGCCGAACAGCACAGCAGCGCGCACGGUGCAGUUGAACUCGUUGAAGAAAUGGGCCAAGGGUGAUGCUGGCGUGCCCACGGACCAGCGGUUGUAUCUGCAUGUGGCGGGAACGUCAGAAACGCAGCGGGCGGAAUCUCCGGCGGGGGAUUUCUUCUUUGACUCGCGAUGGAAGGUGGGCCGGGUGUUGGAUGAUGCGGCGCGCCGACUGCGGGUAGAGAACGUCAAUAACCGGGCCGGGGAGGAGGCGCGAUUGCGCCUCUUUCACGUCGAAUCCGGGGAGUUUUUGGAAUUCUCCAAGACAAUCGGAGGCGGGAAGGUGAAACAGGGCCAUACGAUUGUUUUAUUGAGGGGGGCAGGCGUGGCCCUAGGGAAAUAG